CAAAGUGCCGCGAGUCCAGGCCAGAACGCGGGAAAAGUGCCCUAUAGCCAGUGAGCUCGCCCGCCUGCGAAUGGGCCCAUCAACGAACGUCCUGUCCUGGGGCAAAAAGUAAUCAAAAUUUCAACCUCGUCUUUUCCCCAUCGCCGGGCCAGCGCAACAGCUGCCGAUGUACUUUUUCCUCCCUUGUUUUUCUCCUUUUACUGAAUCAGUGCCCUACAUGGAUGAACUCGUGACAAAUUGAGAACAGUAUCCUCGCAUCCGUCAUUGGCUCUGAACCGGCGUAGAGCUAGCUUCAUUGACUGUACGCUUGGCUGCUCAUCAUGGCAAGCGAAUCUUCGCCUCUCUCUUUGCGCUUCUCUCUCGAGGAUGAUGAGCAGCUUCGACAAGCAGAAAUGGCCUUGGCCAAUAGUGGCCAUCGGCCCCCGCCAGUCGGCUUCGAGUCGGAGAACCCGGGAGCGUCUGGAGAACCGCACGUCGAUACCACCACGUUUGAAAGACACGACGAGAUUGCAUCCCUAACCCGAUACGCCGAGACACCUAGUCACUCGGGCUCGAUAUCCUCGCUGAGCGCUCUAUCCAACGGUUCAACUGCCCGUCAUCGCGGCGGCAGCGGAGAUACAACUGCAUCCUACACCAACGGGAGCACGCCGAGACCACAGCGCCCGACCGGUCCUGUGCGGACACCAUCGAACACUUACCAACCCUACACACAGAGGCGACCUGCCCAGCAAACCCAGUCUUCAUUUGUUGCCGGCUCGGCCCCUACUACACGCGACGGCUCGAGGCCGCCGCCGCGACAGGUGGGCACUGCCGCGUUCCGCGCGCAGGAGAAGGAGUACGUCCGCAGGCUUCGACAACAAGACUAUACCACCGAGUAUUUCGAUUCUCAGACCCCCGGUGACCAUUUCGACUCGGAUUCUGAAGGCGACACCCCGUCGUCCGAAGCUCCAUUUGAUGGUCACGACCAGGAGACGAACCUCUUUAGCAACAGCGAGGACCUGCAACCCACUGAAGAAGAUCUGAAGGACCCCCAGAACCGGGAAAGGCUGGAGUGGCAUGGCAUGCUCGAGGCGGUUCUUACCGGAGACGUCGUCAGGCAAGAGAAGAAGCGCCUUAUCGGAUCCUCGGAGGAGAAGAUAGGAAAGACGGCCCAGAAAGCAGAACUAUGGCUGGGUAUACGCUCCAAGGUCUGCGGGAGGCAUCUUCCCGUCCAGCGGAGGAUGGUCGAGGAUGCUCGACGAAACGUGGAUCGCAUACUCAGCGAGAUCAUCAACUUCUCCGUCGCCGGUGAGAGCGAGGCAGGAAAGCCACCCAUCGAGCAAGUUCAGGAUGUAGUGGCCGAAAUCGAGAGAAUCGAAAGCCUAUACCCGUCAAGAGCGGCGUUCGUGAGCCACCACAGGUCUGCCGAGUCGGAUGCUUACCGAGAGGCCUGCGAGGCGGUCACGGCGUGGCACAAUAUAAACCAGAUGAUCAACACCGAACUGACAAUCUUGAAAAAGUGGGUUGGCAACGACGAGCUCGAUUUCAAACAGAAUAAAGAGACCGCCUCCAACGCCAACGGCCUCAACGACGACCCACUGUUCCUGGAUCGCCUCAUGAAGGAAGAGGGCCUGAAGUCUCUUCAUGACGAUCCCGAAGGCGACGGCAGGGAGUUGCGCAAGAGGAGCAUGCUCUACGGGAUCUCGAGGGUCAUUAUGAAGGCAAAGGAGACGCUCAUCCACAACGCCGAGGCUUUCGCAAAGCGUCAUCUCCCCCCCUACAUCGAGGAGCUGCUCACUCUCAUCAGCUUUCCGUCCCGCCUCAUCGAGGAGAUUAUCAGGGUCCGGCUGCUAUAUGCCAAAAAAAUGAAGGACUCGGCCCAGCAGAAUCCGAUGAUGCAAGACCAGAUGAUCUCCCAGUUUCAGGUGCUCCUCAACCUGACCAUCAAGAUCAAGCAGGAGCAUCUCAUGAUCAUUCAGACCGAGCCUGGCUGGGAUCUGCCUCCGUGCAUUGACGAGGCUUUCGACCAAGUCGUCCUUGACGCGCUGAAGUACUAUUUUAAGAUGCUGAACUGGAAGCUCAGUGGGAAUAAGAACACCUUCAAGGAGGCCGAACUCCUGUUUCAGGAAUGGGACUUCGCCAACGAGGUCGGGCGAUAUCUAUCGCACGGCGAUGUCGAGGUAGCCGAGCAGUUCAGCUCGCUGACUUACAAGGCAUUAAACCGUCUAAGCCAGACAUUCGAAAGGGAACUGCCAAGGAAGCCCAAGGAGAGCGUCGCGGACAUGACGAAACGGUACAAGCAGAUCCUUGACUCGGUCCGGGUGAGGCAGAGGAUGCUGCAGCGGUUCUCGAGGAUGUUGAGCGACAACUACGAGAACGCGUGCGAUUUUACCAUCGCAUUCGCACCCCCUAGGCUCCAAGAGCUCUACGACCGGCUUAUCGAGUCAAAUCACUUUCAGGUCUAUGCUAGCCAUCUCGACCAGGAAGGCGUCAUCCUUUUUGCCUCGUCGUCGUUACGCAACCGGCUUGAGGAUAUCCAGUCGCUCUUGGGCACCUUUUCGUAUGAGACCGAGGAGGAGGACCCCACAGAUCCCUACGUCCUCAUGGUGCGAGCCGAGGAGGGCCCCCAUUGGUUUGGAGAACAGAUAUCGUUGACAAUCCGGGAGGAACCUCUCGAUCUCAGGGUCGGCCACAUGAGACUGAUCGCUGGCGGCUCCCGGGCGCGACUAGUGAACGCCCGCAAAGCCUUCUUAGAUUCGGUCGAAAUGCAGAUCGAUCUCGUCGUGGAGCAGAGGUCGACGCUCCAUAAAGUCAAUCAGAGGUUGAUGGAGAACCGGAAGGUGGCCUACAAACUGUCCAACGCUUUCAUGGAGAGCGUCGAGACCAUCCGACGGCAAACUCGAGGACUCGACUGCCAGGAUCUCAUCCAGACAUGCUUCAUCUUCGCCACCGACUUCGGCCAGCGCUCGCUGCUGUACAUGGACAGUAACAGACGGCAGAUGAACAACCUGAAGCUCACGAAGCUGGCCCUGGAUUGGGUGAGCUUCAUCUGCGAUGACUGCGUCUCCUCCGACCGGAAGACUUUCCGCUGGGCUGUCUUGGCUCUCGAGUUCGCCAUGGGGAUGACCCGCGGCAGGCACAUCCUGGCUCUCGGAGACGACGAGUACGCGAGACUGCGGGCCAAGGUGGCCGGUUGCAUGGCGCUCCUGAUCUCCCACUUCGACAUCAUGGGCGCUAGGUCCAGCGUUGCCGCGCAGGCAGAGAAGCUGCGCAUGGAGGCUCUCAUGAGUCAGCUGAAGCGGCUGAACAAGGGCCAGAUCAUGGACGACAGCCAAGCCGCCCAAUAUGUCACGGAGCACCGUCUCGAGGAGCUCUCCAAGCUGGACGAGUUCAGGAAAGAGAUCCUCCUCGAGCGCUCGGCCCUGGGGCGGGUGUUGGAGGUUACGAACGAGGUGGAUCGCUCGCUAGCCUGGCUAUCGUCUACGGCGAACAACUUCACUCUGAGGUGGCAGCAGGGCCACUUCGUGGGCGGCGGGACUUUCGGCAACGUCUACGCAGCCAUGAACCUCGACACGGGCCACCUGAUGGCCGUGAAAGAGAUCCGCUUGCAGGACCCCAAGAUGAUCCCCGGCAUCGCAGGGCAGAUCCGAGACGAGAUGCGUGUAUUGGAGUCCGUCGACCACCCCAACGUCGUGUCGUACUACGGCAUCGAGGUUCACCGGGACCGAGUCUACAUCUUCAUGGAGUUCUGCUCCGGUGGAUCGUUGGCAAGUCUACUGGAACACGGCCGCAUCGAGGACGAGCAGGUCAUCAUGGUCUACGCGCUACAGCUUCUCGAGGGUCUAACUUACCUCCACGAUCUAAAGAUUACACAUCGCGACAUCAAACCCGAGAAUAUCUUGUUUGACCACAAUGGCAUCAUUAAGUACGUUGACUUUGGUGCCGCCAAGGUCAUCGCCCGUCACGGUCGUACGAUUGUCCAUGAUGGCGCCGCCACUCAGCCGAACAAGUCCAUGACCGGCACUCCCAUGUACAUGUCCCCUGAAGUGAUCAAAGGCGAGAACCCGGGCCACUUCGGCGCCGUCGACAUCUGGUCCCUUGGCUGCGUCAUCCUCGAGAUGGCCACGGGCCGGCGACCGUGGGCCAACCUCGACAAUGAAUGGGCCAUCAUGUACAAUAUCGCCCAGGGCAACCCGCCGCAGCUGCCGACGCCGGACCAGCUGAGUCCCCAGGGCGUUGACUUCCUGAAGCGAUGCUUCAUCCGGGACUCCAAGAAGAGGGCCACCGCGAUCGAGCUGCUGCAGCAUGAAUGGAUCAUGACGAUACGAAACAGGGUCGUCGAGCCGUCAACCCCAAGUGACGCUGGUUCUUCGUCCCAUUCCGGCAUGAAUAUGUCGUCCCCGAUCUAGCUGAAGCAGUAUGCCAGCUUUAGGUUGGCCGCUGGUUCCUACACGAUCAGCGGCUCCGUAACAACAACCAACCCCACCUCCCCCUCCCCCUUUUGCCCUCCGGAAUAU